AUGAAAGAUCUGAGCGAGCCUCCUUUGUUCUUCAAUGAAGAGAAUAUGUAUUCUACCCUUGAGCUUUAUGUUUCUGACGAACUAGAAGAAAUCAAGAGGAAAACAAAGUCGUCCGUUUUGAAGCUCUUCAAGCUUUUGAGGGAAAAGAUCUAUCAAAAUGACGACAAUCUCAAAAUCUUUUUGAAGCAUGUAGUGAUUGAAGGCAUCAAGACAUCGCCUCAUCAGAUCGUAUCAUCUCCCACUGAAUUUAUUUUAUCCUGCAGUCAGGUCCUUGCAUACAGCGGCACCUUGUACAAUUGGAGGAACUUUCAAGCGAUCCCGAAAGUUGACAUUGAUGUCAUACAAUCUUUUGUCAUUGAGAGACGAAUCCACAAUUCGUUUGCUUUUGCUCCUCGACACUGCUACACGAAAAAUUACCCUGAAAUUCGAAGCCAUGUUGCUCAAAGUCAAAAUCCGGCGCUUCUUGUCAAAAAGGAUCACCAAUUUGAUGCUUUGAUGGCCUUCAUUUUGGAAACCAGCACGACAGCAUUGUUUGAUGUUGGAGCUCUUUUGAAGGAUCACUCCAACACCAA